AUGGUGGGGCUCCACAUUUUUGCCAUGCGUAGACCCUAUGAUCACCCCGGCCGUGGUGGUGAACCAAUUCUGAGACAUGAAUUUUCACCACCCAGGGGAUAUGUCGAUUCUUACAAUCACCCGCCUAGAGAAUUUAGGCAUAGGGAUGGACCCCCAAAUCAUUACCCUUCCCGAUCCCAUGGUUACAACUAUGACCAUGGCCGAUCAAUCUCACCUAGGGGGUAUAGAGGAUCAAUUCCACCAGAAGAAUCAAGAUACUAUGGCAAUAGGUACUCUUCGGAGCGUUGGCGCUCACAAAAUAUUGAUUACAAGAGGAUGCAAAGUAACUACCAUCCAUCAUAUGACCGUGGCAAACCUAGGUAUCCUAAUGAACGGGAUUAUCCUAAUAGAAACUACGAUUAUGAUCGUCGUCAUGCUUACGACGAACAUCCAAGCAAGUAUUCCUCUCGUUCCCGUGCCCCAGAUAGUUACUACAAGAGACCGGUACCCGUUACUUAUAAAGAUUCUACCCAUCCCUGCAAGGUAUUUGUGGGUAAUAUACCACUUGAUACUACAGUAGAUGAGUUGAAGGCAGUAUUUGAAAAGUGCGGGGAAUUGGUUAAAUGUGAUAUGCGCAAGAGGUUUGCAUUCAUCGAAUAUCACAAGCCAGAGAGUGCCAGUGAUGCACUUAACCAAUUAAAUGGGUAUAUUUUACAUGGGGAAAAGAUUAAAGUGAAGCCGCACAGCGAUAAUUCGAAUAGGUAUCGCGAAAAGGUUCCACCUCCAAGGCAUAAACCGGGUUAUGCUGUCACUGUUGCCAACAUUGAGGAGACUACUAGCUGGCAAGAUUUAAAGGAUUUCGGUAGACUCGCUGGUGAGGUCAGUUAUGCUAGUAUUGUCAUUAAGGAUGGUAAAAAGUAUGGUGUUAUUGAGUAUUUGGCCCCUGAAUCUGCUAAAAAUGCGUUAGUGGAGCUGCAGGGGAAGCAAAUAACCAAUAACAAACUAGAGAUUAUAGAGGGCAGUAUUAUAGGUAAAUCGAGUGUUACUGGUGCUAAUUCUGAAUGUGAAGAACGUAGCAACAGUAGGGAAUUGUCUACUAACGGCAAGAGGUUUAGGGAUGAUGAGAUGGGAAAGGAUUUUGACGAUGAUGCACAGGUGGUGGACUAUAAGUCAGAGUGA